GCGUCCGUUUCCUUGGAGACCGAGACAGGCGAGAAAGCAUUAGGUCUCUCUGGGAAGUUUGAGUGGCCUUGGUUACCGCGCGAUCCACGCUGAGACAAGGAAGUUCGAGAAGCCGAGGAAACAGGCAUCCCCCAAAAUCGGGGCCCCAAGCCUCGGGACUCUCCUUCCAUUCUCCCUAAUGGCGCGUAACUUUCCAAAACGCAGCCACUCUGGGAUCGGCUCCACAGUCCCCCAGUUCCAGGUUCUGGAUUAUGUUCCAUGGCAGCGGUCCAAGCUGAGAGCCAAGCCAUCUACUCUGCCUCCAAUCCCACAGACUGUGGGCACUAAGAAAAGUGAAAGGAAGACCUGGUCUACCGUUCAGCCAGGGUGGCAAUCCAAGCCUACUUUGUGGAUGACAAGCCAGCCGAGGAAUCCACUAGAGCUGCGCAGAGGAAAGUUGGACUCUGGGAAGACGCAGGCCACAAUCCGACUAAUGAGAACAAUGCUUCGGAACCGGCGAACCUCGUACCAGGAGCUCUGCGACCACGAGGACUUCCUCACCAAGCUCUGUGGGGAACUGAUCAAGGCCAUCCAGGACACAGAGGACAGCGGGGCCCUGAAAGUGCGGAUGCUGCUGCAGCAGCAGGACGUCUACAUGACCAUCACUGACAUCUUGGAGUACUUCAACAAGAAGAAGCUGCACCAGAUGAAGUGUGAGCUCCAGGAAUGGGAGGAGAAGGAGGAAUCCAAGAUCCAUAACCUGAAGCAGCAGGUGGAGCAGCUGGAUGCCCAGAUGGAGAAGGUCCGUGAGCAGGUGAGCUUCAUGAGCACCUACAAGGACCACGAGUACCCCAUCAAGUUGGUACAGGUGGCCAACCUCAUGCGCCAGCUGCAGCAGGUGAAGGACAGCCAGUUGGAUGAGCUAGAUGAACUCAGUGAGAUGUGCAGGAUGGUCCUGGCGUCUAUGUCCAACCAGAUUCAGAAUAAGAAAAAAAACCUCCUGAGGUCUCUGGUGGUGAAAAUCCAGCGUGCCAAUCAGGAGACUCUCGUGCAGAAGACCUGGAAUACCCGGGUUAUACUGAAAUACAUGGACAAGUUCCGAGAAUUUAUAGACCGUUUUGAGGAGGAAAUACCCAGAUUAAAGGCUGAGAUGGAACAGCUGGAAGUUCAGAUGUGGGAACCCCGAGAGAUCGUAUUUGCAGACGUUCUACUUCGGAGAUCCAAGUGCACCCCCGACAUGGACGUCGUCCUCAAUAUCCCUGUGGAAGAGCUGCUGCCCUUCUAGAUGUCCAGUCGUCUGUCUGUCCACCGCCUGUAUUCUCACUGUACAUGGACAUGAACGCCAACUCACCCUCGGGUGCCUGGUCAAGCACUGUUCCCCACCACAUAGUCUUCCAAGGUGAACUUAGAGGGCUGAUGCUUGAGCCCCUUUCAAGCAAGGGCUUGUUGCUCGGGUUACUGGGAGGGGCAUUGGCAGGCAUCCUCCAUCUGCCAGUCCCAUCGGGGUUUGUGUGAGGUGCAGAGAGCCCGGCCCCUUCCCGCCUCUGAUGAUGCUCAAUGUGCAAACAUCAAAGGCUCCUCUGGCUCCACAGCUCUCUGGAGGGUUGGUGGAAACUGCCCCUGGGUCUGCACUGUAGCUCAACUUCCUUGUCUUCCUAGCCCUGCCUAGCCCUCUCUUCUCUCCCUCAGCUGAUCCCAAGGACACUCAGUAAUCAAAGCUUGUACCCCAUGCUCUGUCUCAGAGUUGGCCUCCCUGGGGACCUAGUCUACCCCCUAUUCCCAAGAGCCUCUGAUGUCUCACCGAUCCACUCUGUGUGUUGGGAGACUUUGGAUUACAGGUGACAGAACACCCAAGUCAAAUUGGCCUAAACAGUAAAGGGCUCAGGUACAUACGUCUAGAUGAGGUGAGGCUUUAACCAGAAAUCAAGUGAUGACACCAAGGACCUGGUUCCCCCUUUCUCCUUAGUUUUCCACGUGUUUCCCCUUGCUGAGGUCAGCACUCCUUGUGGUCCCAGAAUGGCUGCCAGCAUCUCCUCGGGUGUUAUGAUUCUUUGUUCAUGUCCUGCUAGAAAGAGAGAGUGUCUGUAUCCCAGAAUUUUCAGCCAGUGUCUUUAAGAGUCACUAUGACUAGAUCAGAUCACAAGCCCACCAGGAAUCAGCCUAGGAGGUGGAGAACACCUGCUAGUUUAGUCUAGACCCCUGGAGCAGGGGAAGGUAUGGACGGGCUGGGCACAUGACCCAGGCUAAGCCAAAGGCACCCCUAGAAGCAUGUGGAUCUCCAAACAGAAAUGGACAGUGUUGAACAUCAUCAUAGCAAAUGCUUAGCUGGAACUUCUUUCAUCUGUCAGCUCAUCAAAUCCUCACAGGAACAACCCUAGGAGGUGGGUAUUGUGAGCAUUUUCAUUUUUACAGAGGAAGAACCCAAAGCAUAAAGCUGUUUAGUGACUUUUUCGAGAGUCACCAGGCUGAAAGUGGUAGAGGCAGCUCACUUUUAAUCAGUGCAGGGGCAGAAGCUCAGCGGGCUGGAGAGAGCUGAGCCACCAGGAGUCGUAGGAGCCAGUUAAGACAAGUCCAGGACGUCCCUGGUGGUCUAGUGGUUAAGUGCAGUGGACACAGGUUCGAUCCCUGGUCUGCGAAGAUCCGGUGAGCCACAACUACUGAAGCUCACAUGCCUGGAGCCCCAUGUGCCACAACAUGAGAAGCUGCCACGAUGCGGAGCCCGUGCGCAGCAGUGAAGACCCAGCACAGCCAAAAAAAAAGAGUCCAGAUGAAAGUAACAGUCCAGCUUCAAUUGCUCACUUCUGGAGCAUGAGGAAGAGGCUGCUAAACUGGAGAAGCACUGACAUCACUCCCUUGAGUUUUCUGCUUGGGCUGAAUGGCACCAUC